UGCCGUCGCCUUCUUAAAAUUAAACAGGCGGGUGAGUUAUCUAAAUCUAUGUCCAUCUACCGAUUUAGAAGACGUAAUAACAUAUAUGUAGAUCAAUAUCCACCUAUGUAAAUUGAAGUUUCACAAGUUAUCACAAUAUUAUAGGCAUUGCACAUUUCUAAGGCCCUCAAAUGCCAUGGUUUUGAACGGCUUGCUUUCCCAGUGGCUAGCUGGCUACCUUUCCACACUGCUGUUUCCAAUAACAUAACUGGCUAGUUAUCUAACUAGUAACUACGUCCAUAAAGUGGUGCCGACACGUGUUCAAUAAAAUAAAUUGACGCUUUGAUUUUGCAUGGUUUUUAUAGCUAACGCUAAGGUGUUAGACGCUUACUGAAAUUCAUAUCACACAAGCUAGCUAGCUAUUUAUCAUAUUGCCAGACACAACACAGUCAACUAGGUCGCGCUAGUUGGCCAAGCACAUGCCUUCCAACAAUGUUGAUUGCUGUAGAACAGACUUGCUGCCUGCUUCGAUGGGAUUGACAUGUUCCAAAUGCAUAUCAUCUUGACAUUUACGGCGUCAUGUGUUUACACAGUUUAGCUACCUGUAACUUGCCGUUGUGAUACAGGGGAAAUCUAAAUGGCUUGUAUGAGCCAACUACUGGUAGCUUGUUUCUAACAAUACGAGUUGUUGGCUGAACUAACUAGUCAUGUUACUGUAGCUAACGUUACACAACCACUGAUUGUGGGUGAUUUGAUAUGCUAUAAAUGUUGAUGGAACUGUUUUGCCAGUGGUAAUUGUUGCUAGUGUUUAAUGUUAACUAAUUACACCCCCCCCCCUCCUCCUCAGGUCACCAUGGCAGCCCUCAGACCUCUUACCAAGCCAAAGAUUGUCAAGAAGAGGGUUAAGAAGUUCAUUCGCCAUCAGUCUGACAGAUAUGUCAAGAUCACGGUAAGAGCAUUUGCUAAAUGCAUAUCAAAGAUGACACUUCUCCCUUUAUUAAUGUAAGGUUCCAUAUCGUGUAAUUUGUGGCGGAAGCAAGGCUUUUCAAACAUUACACUUGCAGGGAGGCAAAUGACAUUAAUCUCCCUCAAGCAGAGUAGUUAGAAGGAACAUUGAUUCUAACUGCGGUUCUAUGUAACUAACGUAUUUUUCUUGCCCCCUCCAGAAAAGCUGGCGUAAACCCAGGGGUAUUGACAACAGGGUCCGCAGGCGGUUUAAGGGUCAGAUGCUGAUGCCCAACAUUGGUUAUGGUAGCAACAAGAAGACCAAGCACAUGCUGCCCUCUGGUUUCAGGAAGUUCCUGGUGCACAACAUCAAGGAGCUCGAGGUCCUCAUGAUGAGCAACAAGUACGUUUUGUUGGGUAGUUUUUGUUGUAGUUUUUAUCUUCAAGUUAAAGGUACCUAAAGGCCAAUAUUAUUCCUCAUGGGGGUAUUUCUAGGUCGCCUCCUAUUUAACUGAUUCCACUCACAAGUAUGAAGCAUACUACAUAGGGCAUUACAUGCAAAGCUACAGGGGGUAUUAUAUAGAAGAGAGGGUAUUGUCUUCGUGGAGAGAGGAUUGCUUGGGUCAUGCACAUCCACAAGGGUCAGGAGCAAGGUGCAGCAGAAUUGACAUGAUCUUUAAAUCACCUCUCUGUAGCUCAACUGGUAGAGCACGGCGCUUGUAACGCCAGGGUAGUGGGUUCGAUCCCCGGGACCACCCAUACACAAAAAAUGUAUGCACGCAUGACUGUAAGUCGCUUUGGAUAAAAGCGUCUGCUAAAUGGCUUAUUAUUAUUAUUACCUCUACUCGCCUUAUGAUGGAAGGAUCAUCAAGUAUGCCCUGUGCUUACCUCGGGUAGACCCUCAUAAAUCCAGUAGAUUGCAUUGAUUUUCUAGUCCUGGGGACCCACAGUUCUAGACCUGUACUAAUACCCCUGGAAGAAAACUUUGUGAAAUGGAGGUGCUAACUGGGGCGCGUUCAGAAGGACGCAAUGUUUUGGUACGUUCAGAUAGAAAUAUGUUACGUAGAACAAACACGCCUCUGACAUGUAGAAUAAGGAAUCACGUCGACUAUUUUCAUGGCAUUUUCUAUCUUCAACGUUCGAGAACGUUUGGCAACUGAACGUGGCCCUUUAUACAUGAAUGAUAGCCUAGAUAGAAUACCAGAAAUGUUAAGAUAGAUUGUCUUAAAUGAAGCCUUCCGUUGUCAGGUCUAGACAUUUUGGCCACGUUAUCCCUCAGGCCGCAGGAGGUUUUUGACCUGGUUUUAUCCUCAUUGUGCAUAGGAGCCUUGACGUCCUUAGUGCCCUUCAGUCUUGGGUUGGGCGGUAUCCACACUUUCAUAUCGUCAUACCGUCCUUCUCUCAAGCUGGGAUAUAUGGUAUUACCGGUUUAGUACACAAGGGGGUGCCAAGAAAACACAAAUGAUCAUUGGACAUCUAUUACCGGAAUGCUAACAAAAUUAGCGGAAGUAACAGCGAAUUUCUAUGGAGGCUGCUAGCUAAAUAUGCUAACGCGCGCAAAUGAAAAUAAACAAAUUGCAAAGACGGUCAAUCCAGCACAUAAAGUUAUACAUAUAUAGGUAGGAGCUACCCAAAUGUCAUUUUUGUUGAGUUUGGACAUUAGCAAGCAAAUGUGAACGAAAGACAUUGUGCAAAUGAACAAUGUUUUGAAGCAUGCAGUACUGGCUCUCCAGCAGCAUGUCUACACGCUGUCUGUGUGGAGUCUGGAGUCGCUAGGGCAACCUGCCUGCUCUGUUCGGCGAAGAGGAGGAGCUGACAACGAAGAGGAGAAAAAACGCAAGGAAAUCAAGAUGGCAGUGGGAGCAAGCAAAUAACGAAUCCAAAGGGCUUUGCCUUCUCAAACACGGCAGAAAGCGAAAACAAUAUGAUGCCCUGUCACCUUAUUAAUUCAACCACUUACUUCGCUUGCACGUUGAGCUAGGGGUCGUGUUAACACUUACUUAGCACGUUAAGCUAGGGGUCGUGUUAACACAUAAUUCUGCAUUUUCCAUGCAGGAAAAAAAGGAAAUCCUAAGAAAUAUCUUGCUGCUUUUUGUAAACACAGAUCUAAAAAUUAUUUUUUAUUAUACACUGAACCAAAAUAUGAACGCAACAUGCAACAGUUUCAAAGAUUUUACUGCGUUACAGUUAAUAAGGAAAACAGUCAAUUGAAAUUAAUUCGUUAGGCCCUAAUCUAUGGAUUUCACAUGCCUGGCGAAACAGAUAUGCAUCUGUUGGUCACAAAUACCAAUAACAAAAAGGUGGGCGCGUGGAUCAGCGUACCACUCAUCUAGUGUGACCACCAUUUACCUCAUGCAGCGCGACAUCUCCUUUGCAUAGAGUUGAUCAAGCUAUUGAUUGUGGCCUGUGGAAUGUUGUCCCACUUCAAUGGUUGUGGGAAGUUGCUGGAUAUUGGCGGGAUCUGGAACACGCUGUCAUACACGUCGAUCCAGAGCAUCCCACAUGUCUGGUGAGUAUGCAGGCCAUGGAAGAACUGGGACAUUUUCAGCUUCCUGGAAUUGUGUACAGAUCCCUGCAACAUGAGGCCGUGCAUUAUCAUGCUGAAACAUGAGGUGAUGGCGGCGGAUAUAUGGCACGACAAUGGGCCUCAGGAUCUCGUCACGGUAUCUCUGCAUUCAAAUUGCCAUUGAUAAAAUGCAGUUCAUUGUCUGUAGCUUAUGCCUGCUUAUACCAUAACUCCACCGCCACCAUGGUGCACUCUGUUCACAACGUUGACGUCAGCAAACCGCUCGCCCACACUGCGCCAUACAUGCUGUCUGCCAUCUGCCCAGUACAGUUGAAACCGGGAUUCAUCCGUGAAGAGCACACUUCUCCAGCGUGCCAAUGGCCAUCGAAGGUGAGCAUAUGCCCACUGAAGUGGGUUACGACGCCGAACUGCAGUCCAGUCAAGACCCUGGUGAGGACGACGAGCAUGCAAAUGAGCUUCCCUGAGACAGUUUAUGACAGUUUGUGCAGAAAUUAUUCGGUUGUGCAAACCCACAGUUUCAUCAGCUGUCCGGGUGGCUGGUCUCAGACGAUCCGGCAGGUGACGAAGCCGGAUGUGGAGGUCCAGGGCUGGCGUGGUUACAUGCGGUUGUGAGGCUGGUUGAACAUACUGCCAAAUUCUCUAAAACGACGUUGGAGGCGGCUUAUGGUGGAGAAAUUAACAUUAAAUUCUCUGGAGACCGCUGUGGUGGACAUUCCUGCAGUCAGCAUGCCAAUUGCUUGCUCCCUCAACUUGAGACAUCUGUGGCAUUGUGUGACAAAAUUGCACAUUUUAGUGGCCUUUUAUUGUCCCUAGUACAAGGUGCACCUGUGUAAUGAUCAUGCUGUUUAAUCAGCUUCUUGAUAUGCCACACCUGUCGGGUGGAUGGAUUAUGUUGGCAAAGAAAAUGUUCAGUAACAGGGAUGUAAAUUCAUUUGUGCAAAAAAAUUUAGCCAAAUAAGCUUUCUGUGCAUAUGGAACAUUUCUGGGAUUUUUUAUUUCAGGUCCUGAAAUAUGGGACCAACACUUUACAUGUUGCGUUUAUAUUUUUGUUCAGUGUAUUUUCUGUGACAGAAAACUAUAGUUGCAAGUCCCUGACCAUGCUAUUGAAGCAAAAAAACACUGACUUUAUACAUAAAACGUGACCCCUGUCAAUACACAGCUGGACUCACCUGCUCCCGCUUUCUCCUGUUGUGCUAUUUACAAACAAACACGUGACUGGCUCAACUGUGCUGGGGAACUAAGUCCGCUUCAUAAUGUGACGGUUUAAUAAGAAGGUGAUCUGCUUUAUCUCCUAACGCAUUGCACAAGUUGACUGCAGGUAUUUACUUAAAAUAGCUACAAAUAUGAAAAUGUAUUAAACUUCAAAUAAAUAGUUUCAACAGUAUUGAAGAAACAUCCUGUGGCUAUUUCCAAAUACACCUGUAUAUACGGUAUACCAGUGUUUCCCAACCCUGGUCCUCGAAUACCCCCAACAGUACACAUUUUUAUUGUAACCCUGGACAAGUACACCUGAUUCAACUUGUCUACUAAUCAUCAAGCCCUCAGUGAGUUGAAUAAGGUGUGUUUGUCCAGGGAUACAAUGAAAAUGUGUACUGUUGGGGGUACUCGAGGACCAGGGUUGGGAAACACUGCGUUAUACAGCCCAAGCCUACUUCAGUCUACACCACAACUGUUUGGUUGUGGUGUAGAGUUUCUUUUUUACUUGUUGUCAAAUGUAAGAGUAAGACAAAAGAAUAGUGCUUGUGUGGUUGAAUAUCCAAACGUUGCCCACAUAUGAAAACUUUACCUAAUUGGUAAAAUAGGGCGGCAGGUAGCUUAGUGGUUAAGAGCGUUGUGCCAGUAACCGAAAGGUCGCUGUUUCUAAUCCCCGAUCCGACUAGGUGAAAAAUCUGUCGACGUGCCCUUGAGCAAGGUACUUAACCCUAAUUGCUCCUGUAAGUCGCUCUGGAUAAGAGCGUCUGCUAAAUGACUAAAAAUGUAAAUGUAAGUCAGCAAUGCAUGAAGCAAACGGCAACAGCGUGCCCAUUUUCACAACAACUGUGUUGAAGCACAAGGUUACAUUUCUCUUCUGUGUUGGUCCCAUAGCUAUCGAAUUGAAGCAGCGUGAAGGACACCCGUACACAUGCAGAUACUUAGUGGAACUAUGAGAGCAAAGUCUUGCACCGCGCUGCUCAUAGUAACUUAAUAAUACUGUCUCACUGAAACAAUCCUCUCCUUCUCUCCCUGUGCCAUUCAGUCUCCAGUGUGUACGGUAUUUGGUAAUUAUGUUGCCUCUAACCAUCCUCUCUCCGUAGGACCCAUGCUGCUGAGAUCGCCCACAACGUGUCUUCCAAGAACAGGAAGCUGAUUGUGGAGAGAGCAGCCCAGCUGGCCAUAAAGAUCACCAACCCCAAUGCCAGACUCCGCAGCGAGGAGAACGAGUGAUCCAGCCAUUAUUUUCUCAAUAAAACAGAUGUUUUAAUGUACA